CACUUCAUUAAGGCUGUAACAAUUCAACCCCCUUAGAUUGUGUUGUGUAUUGCACUAAUUGAGAUUGAAAUAAUAUUAUUUAUAAAAUUUCAUUGGUUAGCCUUUCAGUGUCAUGAAGAGCACUUUAUUUUUGUUUAUUUGGUCUUUCAUUUGGAUCAGAAGAAUGCCUCAGCCGCCUUGAUUUCAUUUUCUUUGACUUGGGAUUUUUACAAACACGUUAUUUCAUUCAUGUUAUUGUAAAAGUCACUGCCCUUUGAUUUGUAUUCAACUCUCAAAACUAUUCAAUCAGGUCCAAUUUUUGUAGUUUACUAUUGACAUGGGCAUCUCAAUACAUCAAUCAUGGCAGCUAGGGAAUGAUAAAAGCCUUAGCACUCAACAUUGUAGGUGAGAAAGCCAAAUGGGUACCAGAAAUAGUCCUGCACCUGCUUAUGUUUUUCUUUCAUUCCCAUUGCUCUUGUGUUUCUUGUUUAUUCCAUCACAAUGUGCAACAACUGAUACUUUAACUCAGUCCCAACCAAUAUCUGUAGGACAAACUCUUAUUUCUCAAGGCCAAAUCUUUGAGCUAGGCUUCUUCAUUCCUACCAAUUCUAGCAAACAAUACAUAGGAGUCUGGUACAAGACUGCACCUGGCCAGAAAGUUUUGUGGGUAUUAAACAGAGAGAAUCCUCUUUCAGCCACAGACAAUGCCUCGAGUCUCACAAUUGGCAGCAAUGGAAAUCUGAGAUUAUUAGAUGGGAAGAUGAACAAUCUCUGGUCUACAAAUGUCUCUGUCCAGUCAAAUAACACAAUUGCAGUGCUUUCUGAUAAGGGAGAACUUGUUCUUAAAGACAAUGCCUCGGGAUCGAUCUUGUGGGAAAGCUUUAACUACCCUGGUAACACUUUCUUGUCUGGUAUGAUGAUAGGGAUGAACUACAAAACAGGCGAGAAACGCUCCCUGACUUCGUGGCAGACAAACAACGAUCCAUCACCUGGGAAUUUUGUGGAAGAAAUUACACUAGAUACACCGCCACAAGCUAUUGUUUGGAAUGGUUUGAAGCCUCACUGGAGAUCCGGUCCAUGGGAUGGAUCGAAGUUCAUUGGUAUACCAUCCGUUGCAAAUGGCUAUAUGGUUGGACUCAGCAUCUUACAAGAUAAUCAGCAGGGAACCGUGUUUCUCGCUUUCAACUCGGUUAAUGCCUCUUUUGUCACGAUUAUAGUCCUUACACCAGAAGGAUCUAUGACAUCGAUAAAUUGGGAGGAAGGAAAAGACUGGUAUACUACUUGGAUAGCACCAGCACCGGGAAAUCCAUGUGAUGUCUAUGGAUUUUGUGGAACUUUCGGGGUUUGCAACAACAAUAAUAAUCCAAUUUGUCAAUGCUUGAAAGGGUUUGUACCAAAUUCAGCUGAGGAAUGGAGCAAAGGAAAUUGGACAGGUGGGUGUGUGAGGCGAACUGAACUGCCAUGCCAAAAGAACAUUAGCACCCUAGCAAAUGCGACAGCUAAAAAUGACGGCUUUUGGCAGAUAAGUCAAGUGAAGCUGCCUGAUAAUUAUCAAUCUUUGUUGACCGUGGUCAAUGAUAACUCCGGUUGCCAACAAUGGUGCUUAAAUAACUGUUCGUGUGUGGCAUAUGCAUUUCCAGCUGGAAUUGGGUGUCUGGUUUGGACUGGAGGCCUCGUGGAUAUUCAGCAAUACUCAAUUGAAGUGAACGACCUUUUCCUCCGCCUUGCAGAUUCAGAGCUAGGUAAUAAUAAUGAUAACAAGAAAAGAAACAGGAUCAUCAUUAGCGUUACAAUAAUUUCUGGGGUUAUCCUCUUAGCUGCUUUCUUGUUUGGUUUGCGCUGGUGGAGAGCCAAACAAAGAGUAAAGACAAUACACAGGAUAAAAAGCUUCGAAUCGGCUGAGAGAAUGGUCAAUCCAAGAGACACCCCACAAGAGAUUGUCUGGGCAGGUCAUGUGACACAUCCGGAGUCAUCAGAGCUACCAAUGUUAGACUUAACUAAAAUACUAGUCGCUACCAAUAACUUCAGCCAACCAAAUAAACUUGGGGAAGGAGGAUUUGGCCCUGUUUAUAAGGGAAAGCUAGAAGACGGGCAACAAAUAGCAGUGAAAAGACUUUCUAGUCAUUCAGGACAAGGCAAUGAAGAGUUCAAGAAUGAGAUCAUAUUGAUCUCCAAACUGCGGCACAGGAAUCUUGUUAGGCUUUUGGGUUGCUGCAUUGAAGGAGAAGAGAAGAUUUUGGUUUAUGAGUACCUGACAAACAGAAGCCUGGACACGAUUCUCUUCGAUGCAAAGAAAAAAGAGUGGCUUGAUUGGGCUAAACGCUUCAACAUUAUUCAGGGAAUUGCUAGAGGACUGCUUUAUCUCCAUCGUGAUUCUUGUUUAAGGGUUAUUCAUAGAGAUUUGAAGGCCAGCAAUAUUCUCUUGGAUGAUGAUAUGAAUCCGAAAAUUUCAGACUUUGGGUUGGCACGAACUUUUCAAGUGACACAAGAGCUGGUAAAUACUCGCAGGGUGAUGGGAACAUUUGGUUACAUGUCUCCUGAGUAUGCGAUGGGAGGGCUGUUUUCAGAGAAGUCAGAUGUCUUUGCCUUUGGUGUUUUGCUACUAGAGAUUGUUAGUGGCAUGAGGAAUACUAGUUUGUAUCAUUAUCAAGAACAACAUCUGAACCUCCUUGGUUAUGCAUGGCAAAUGUGGAACGAAAGAAGGGGACUAGACUUUGUGGAUGAAACAUUGGUGGAGUCAUGUUCCCGGUUAGAAGUAACAAGAUGCAUACAUAUCGGCCUUCUUUGUGUUCAAGACCACGCUGGGAAUAGGCCAACCAUGUCAGCUGUAGUUCUCAUGCUGAGCAGUGAAUUAGAAGUUCCACAACCAAAACAACCUGCAUUUACUAUGCAAAGUUUGUUGGACUCUGAUCUUCAAUCACAAUACAACAAUAUAUAUUCUGAGGAUAGUGAGCUUGUAUCGAUUAUUGAAGGGCGGUGACCAAUUACCAAAUUAUAUAUUGCAUUAGUUGGUAUCAGUGUAAGGAUUCGCCUGACUUGGGGACUAAUGAGCAAAGAGAUAGAAAACUCGUCAAUGAUGAUCAUGCGAAGGGAAAUGUUACUUAUAAGAAGUUUCAAUUUUCAAGUGUUAUUUAAUGAGUGUAGCAUUGAAUAUUCACUCAUGAUCAACUUGUUUGUUUACAUGUUCAUACUCAUCGGGACUUUAUGUAUAUGAAAAUUACCUAAAUUUAAUGGUUUUUGUAUA